AUGCCGCGCUUAAGGUUGGAACCGAGUAAGCGGCUUUUCUUCAACGCCCCGUUUCUGACCAAACAGAAGGCAGCUUUGCGCCUCACGAACGACGAGUACUGGCCGAUCAUGUAUCGCAUCAAAUGCACCUCUCCGAGGCGCUACCUACUUGACAAGUGGACCGGGGCCCUGGGUGUCGGUGACUCUGCGCUUCACAUCAUCCGUUUGUUGCCACUGAACUAUCGCGAGGGUAUGUGGGAUCGCUUCACCAUCGAAUACUGUCGGGUGCCAUCCGAACGCGUCGUCGCAUACGACGAAAAGUUGUUGGAGCAGAGCGACGUGCUGAUGCAAAAGUCGUUGCGAGUCUGUUUUCACGUGUGA